AGAAUUGCUACAAGAAGCGUUUUCGCCAGCCGCAGGAAUCAGUUUAUUAAAAGAUGUUGAAGGAGCGCGAAAAUACUUCUUCGCCUUGUUCGAGUCUCGGGGGUUCCUCAGGGAUCGAGGCUUCGGCCUGUGCGGGCUGUGGCGACAGAAUCCAAGAUAGGUUCUAUCUUUUGGCGGUGGACAGGCAGUGGCACGCUGCUUGCUUGAAAUGUUGCGAAUGUAAAUUGCCGUUGGACUCGGACUUGACGUGUUUCGCAAGGGAUGGAAAUAUUUAUUGUAAAGAGGACUAUUAUAGAAUGUUUGCAGUGUCAAGGUGCGGCAGAUGUCACGCGGGAAUAUCAGCAAACGAAUUGGUAAUGCGAGCAAGAGAUCUGGUCUAUCAUCUUCACUGUUUUUCCUGCAUGUCCUGCGGUAUACCAUUAUCGAAAGGUGACCACUUUGGCAUGCGGGAGGGACUGAUAUAUUGCAGACCGCAUUAUGAACUAAUAGACUUCUGUGAUUCCCAUGACCCUAUGGACAUGAUGUAUAAUGGCGGUGGUUCACCAGGCUACUUCUCAUCGAGUACACCUCCACAACAUACUAAAGGACGACCGAGGAAAAAGAGAGUUAUUGCAGAAGAAGAUACGGCUUGUGGAGAAAUGCCAGUGACGAUGAGAAUGGCUGCUGCAACCUUAGAAAUGCUCCAACAAGGCGAGCUGUCCUCUUCUAUGGAAUCCUUGUCAUACGACUCUUCAGUUACGUCACCAGCUUCAAGUAACGGUCACCAAAAUCAAAGAACAAAGAGGAUGAGGACCUCUUUCAAACACCACCAGCUGAGAACAAUGAAGACCUAUUUCGCAAUCAAUCAAAAUCCCGACGCUAAGGAUUUGAAACAAUUAGCGCAGAAAACUGGGUUGUCGAAGCGAGUGUUGCAGGUAUGGUUCCAAAACGCAAGAGCAAAAUGGAGACGAAACAUAAUGAGACAAGAAGGAUCCAACAACAACAACAACAAUAUAACGCAGUGUCCAAAUGGUCCCCCAUCAGCUGGAUCUACAGGCAUGGAAAGCACAAAUAUAUCCCAUCAAUCUUUAGAUGAAUUACAUCACCAUCUGCAUUCCCAAAACUCACAGACUUUAACUUUUAGUGAUAUUUACUAGUUGUACGAAAUGUUAAAAGUGUUUAUCGGAAGAGACAAUUUUUAAUAAUAGCACAGUGAAAAAGAUUUGAAAAUUCAAAUUAUUGUUUUAUUAAGUUUUUUAAUUGUAAUAAAAAUUUAAGCACGAUAAAAUAUUGCCGGAAGACAUUAAGAAAGAGAAACCUUGUAAGCAGUUUUUAAAUACAGAAAAAUUUUAAAAUUUAGAGGUGUAUUGGGCUCCAUCUUUGAAGGUUAACAACGUAGUUAAUAAUGGUAUUAUUAAAAAUACCAUUUCAUUUAAUGUAUCUCCACUAAUUUUUUGUCGACAAUUGCAACUCUGAUUCUAGUAAAUACAAUAUUAUUCCAUGAAAAGAUCUAGAGUAAUCAAAUUUGGUGCAUUUUAACCUCAAAACAUUUUCACUUUAGCAUUUAGUAGUACACAAAAUGUUCCUUUAUUAUAGUGAUAAUUUAAUCAAACUAGAUAUUAAUUUCUAGUUAAUUUAUGAAUGUCGAGUUAAUUAGAAGAGAAUUUCUUUAUCUUUGUAAAUAGGUUAGAUUUUAAUGUGACACUCAAUGUGCAAUCUGUAAAAAGUAAUAUUUUUGUGAAGUUAUAUAAUCGUACUUCUAACAUAUUUUUUGAACUAAAUUGAUACUAGUAAUUACUUUGUUGAUCUAAACUGACUAUAUAUAUUUUUUUUCGAAAUAAAUUUCAGAUUAGGUCGACAAAGAUACUGUUCCUUUUAGGGUAGUUAUUUAAGUGCUACCAAUAUUGAUUUUUUUAAUUGUUACAGAUUUUAACUUUUAUUACGAGGUUUACUAAUUUUAUGUUUUCUUCAAGACCAAAAUAGUUCCUGAAACUUUAAACAUUUAGAAAAAAAAAUACUUAAAAAAAUAUAUUUUUCAAUGUUACAAAAAUCGCAAUA